AUGUUUCGAUAUUUUUCGUUCAAUACUUUGAAAUAUGGAAUUGGAGGAAAAGUUCAACAAAAUAUUGUUCAUGAUAUCCUUGUUUGUUAUCCAUUUUCUACCAGUACAAAAUCAACACCCAGCCACAGUAUACGUCGCUCUAUUAAAAAUCUUGGAUAUCUGUUAGGUGCAGGUGUCGCUUUUUCAAUUGUUUAUGCAGCAUAUGAAUGGAUCGUACAAAUACCGAUUUGUCCGAAUUUUAAUCGAAAACAAUAUGUCAAUAUUAAUAAUGUUUUAUUAUGUACAACCUUAUUGAAAAAUAUGAAUGAACAAUGUUCAGGACAUAAUCCUAUGAAAAAAAUUGGUGCAAUUACAGGAGUCAAUUAUAAACUUAUUCAAGUUGAAUUAGAGAAUUCAAAAGUAUCAUCACGUAUUCUUUUAAAUGAUGAAGAAAUUUCUCAACGAAAUUUAUUUGAUAUUAACUAUAUAUCUGAAUAUAUUGAAACAUUAGCUGAUUUACUUUUGAAAUUAGAUGAAGAUCAUCGAAUAAAACUAUUGUCUAAUAUGAUUGGUUAUUAUGUAUUCAUAUGUUCAGAAUGUCAUUCAUCAUUAACACGACAAAUGAUAUCAUGUACUUCUUAUCUACAUCAAGCUGGAUUACAAAAUAAUCCUGUUAAUAUAUCAGAAAUUGACAAUCUAAAGACUCAAACUUAA